AGUCAUCGCGGCCUACUUCUGCAGCCUGAAGUUACUCUGCAAACCCUCACCCGGUGGUUCUGUUUCCUCAUAGAAGAUCUGCGUUAGCUCUCUCGCUGUCCUCCUGAAAGGGCCGCAAUCGUCUCCUUUCGUCUCACGUCUCGCACUUUCCCCAUACUUUUUUUGCGGCGUCUGAUCCAAUUUCUAGGAUCUCGGGUGUUUUUUGGUAUUUGAGGUGCCGAGUGAACAAAGAGGGACGCUAUGGCGAAAGGGUCGCAGAGCCAGGCGUCCACGACGGCGUCGUCAGCUAGAGGGUCCGCCUCGGGUGGACCCAUUCCGAGAACUUCUUCCGCUGGAGCUCCUCCCAAGGGUACAGGCGGAUCAGGGUUGAGGAGGAGGCGAACCACGUCCACCGGCAGUGGUGGUGGUGGUGGUGGCUCCAUGAGGAGUGGAAACAGCAACAUGUUGCGUUUCUACACGGAUGACGCUCCUGGCUUGAAGAUCACCCCGACUGUGGUGCUUGUAAUGAGUCUCUGCUUCAUCGGGUUCGUGACUUGCCUUCACGUGGUUGGGAAGCUUUACAAUUACCGGACGAAGGCGUGAGUCAUGAGCCAGGUGAAGUCCGAGAUUGUCCUUCGUUUUUACACGGCAUUUUCUUUUUCUUUUUCUUUUACAAAUGACUGUUAUAAUUCAGAUGGAGUUUUAGUUUCUUGCUUUAUAGUUUUGCAGAGAAUUUCAAUACAAACUGUACCCAGAGACCUAUGGAUGCGAAUCAGAAGUAUGUCCGUCUCAAGUGCUGUGCAGUAAAAAGCGUUGAAGCAUACAUACAUUGUACAACAUUUCAGAAACUACGUUUGGAGUUCUUUCGGCGGGAUUAAUCUGCGGUUUGCUUAUGCUUUCAUUACUGAUUUAGGCAUCAUGAGUUUUGCAGAUUUGCUUGCUGGGUCACUUUAGGGUUGAAGGUUGUUGUGAACCUUUGGGUACUUCGUUGUUCAACUAUUGCAUUAGUGGUAUAGAGAAGUAUAGUUUACGUGUUUUAGUGGUGAAUGCAAGGUCUCUCUGCACGGAAUGUUUGUGUGCUUGGAGUCACCUUUGGGUUUUCAGGGUUUCAAUUUUGAAUACUGUUUUCAAUCUUAAGUUCUACAAAUCCAAGUAGUUCUUUUCAAGGUAGAAUUGGUGAGUGUUCAAAUCGGAUCCACCCGAUUUUGGAAAUAGUCACAAGAUGUCUUCUUUGAAUAGCCUAUGAAACAAAAAAUGAGUCUAGGUUUGUUGUGUGUA